CUAAACAAGAAAAACCAUGCAAGAAAGUGAAAAUGGUUAGAAUUUACGUACGCUUCCAAUGUAUAUCGACUGCUUCGAUCCCCAGGCCAUAUCAGUUUAACGUACGCUUCGAAAAUUUUGCAUGCAUUAUCCUCUUUACAAUUGUCACAAGAUCAACAAGAAUCACGUACGAUGGGGCCGAACCAGAUGACGGAUUUUCUCGAUCUUCCGGUAGUAACGAUGCAUUCUUCUGAGGAACUCGACAGAAGAUUGAGAGACGUCGAAGAGUCCAUUUCCCAGAAUCCGGGCUGCGUUCUUUCCCACACCACCCGAAGCCGUAUUCACUCCGAAUUCGCUUCCCGAUUCAAGGACCACCAUAAUUCCUAUCAACCCAAACUCCAACACCUGGACAGAGCUUCCAAUUCCGCCUCCAUAGCCGCAUUGCUUGCCCCGAUGUCACCCUGCCUCGCCCUCUUAUACGCCACCGCGCUCUUCCAAAUUGCCGAGCAUACAGCAUCAGCUUUAGAGUACAAAGCCGUCAUCAAGGAAUGCUUGCGCGGGUUAAUGAUAAGCAUACCCAGGGAACCAGUUGAAGAUAAAAAAGCCAUGGAAAUUGAUAUUGCGAGACUGCAGCUCGAAUCUCUCGUCGAGGCAUCCGCGGACAAGAUCCUUUCUCUUGGGGAUAUGAACUGGCCGGGAAAAAGGAGCGAGUUGGAAGUUCUGGAACGGAAAAAGCAGGAGAUCUUGGAGGGGUUCUCGGUAAAACGACAGCCCCGCGGGGCUCUCAAGAAUGUGAUCCCAACCGACGUAGAAAUGAUGGCUCGAGUUAGGACUUACUGGGAAAACACCACGAGUCAUGAAAAAAGAAUGGAAUUCUUUAAUAUAGGAAUCCAAGAACUCGAAGCUCAUUUGGACAAGAAUAACUUGAAAACUGCGAAGCAAGUCUUGAAGGAAGCCAUAGAACUCGCUAAGGAGACGAAGAAAUGGAAGUUUUGGCUGUGUUGUUGCUGCGGAGCGAGGUCUUCGGAAGAUAAAUCGAACCUGGAGCACAUUACCAAUGUACAUUUAGGAGGUCUGUCCGAGUAUGAACGAGACCUUUUGCCGCAAGGACUUCCUAGAGAGUUCGUUCAAAUGGUAGAAUCCGGGGAUUGGGGACCCGUGGAUUCUCGUGCAGCCAGCAAGAUUGUGAGAAAUCUGUCGUCUACUUCACAUAUAGGCAAUCGAGUAUUGUGUAAAGAUAAUAAGCGCAUUGAAAUCCUUAACAAAAUUCGUUCUUGCCUGCAAUUGUUUAUGGCAAUUGAUUGUUUCGCCCCUCAUCAUCUCACAAUGUUGCAAACUCUUACAACAAAAAUGCUGCAAAAACGCUUUAGGACAUUGAUACCUAAGGAACAUGUGCUGUACCAGACGCUCCAGUCGAUAUUACUUCUGGACGCCUCAGAGCUUCAAGAGGUUUUCCGAUGGUUAACAAAUCUGGGUAGUGCUUGCGCAUUGCGUUGUCUUUCUGAGAAUUCUUGGAAAAUAGUUAGCGCGCAAGAGAGGACUGAUUUCUGCUCUAGUCUCCUUUUGGAGCGAUUCUUGGGAAGAGUUAUUGAUGUGACGGCUGGUGAUAUAACUGAAAGGAGUACUUCUGCAGAAGAGGUUGAUGCUGGUGCUUUUGUACGUUGGUUAUGCAAGGAAGGUCCUGCAAUUGAGGAUCAUUUAAAGGCAUGGACUAAUCUGAAAGAAACUGCAAAAAGUUCAGGAAUGGAACUCUUCCAGAUCCUUCGGACCGAACUCAAGCGUAUACAGAGGCUGUGCCGGGAAAAAAGCGCCAUGUUGCUGAUAGACGAAGCAAUUAAGAAUGUUCAGAGAAUCUGUGGUGAAGAAAUUGAGAAAAGGGAAAGAAAUCCAGGGUACGUCUCACAGAACUUAGACGACCUCUUGUUUUGUCGGAAAACUGAAAUUUUGGGUCAGGAGAGUGAUUCUGCAAGCGAUGGAAAUAGGGCAGAAACUAGUACCAUAUGUAGCAUUCUGGCGGAAGCAGAUACGGACGAAGCGAUAACAGUGGUAAUCAAUAAGCAGAGAGUUAAUAUGGCUUUAAAGUUUUGCAAACAUGAUGCUUUGAUCCUGGCGACUAAUGCCGCCAUGAGGAACACGGAGCAAAAACUUGGGAUCGUAUCUGCCUUUGACUACGGGUCGAUUCUGGUUAUCCUAUUGAAGUCAUUCUUGCAGGCACGCAUACUGGAACAGGUUGAUACAGAUGCUGCGGAGAGUUCCUGUCCUAAUGUCAACACUGGUGGAAAUGCUCCUAAUCCUUGAGAAUGGUGUUCCCGUAAACAAUGCUGAAUUGGAGCAAAGAAGUCAAUAAGAGGAAUUUUGAACAACCCGGAAGAGAGGAUGUGUCCCAAGCUGUCCAGACAGUUCACUUGUGACAUCCUCCAAACCUCAUGAAAAUGCUGGUUCAACUGAGCAGCAGCCGCUACUUCUCAUAGGCAAAUACAUGAUAGAAUUUUUAUGAUGCAUAAGAAAGAAGAAAGGGGCCGGGGCGCAUGGAUUCAAUGACAAACAAAUGCUGUAUAGUUGGUGAAAUUGGUAAUUGGAAU